CACCGGUGCAACAGUGCUCCACCGGCUUUACGUCGCGCGCACUUGAAAUUCGAAAUUUGAAAAGUACAGAGGUUUGACUGCUGUGAGUGCCAGUGACAUCCGAGGACCGUGUCCCUGCUGAUUGACACAAUGAGGUUAUGAACCGCUCCGGAACAUGGAUAUGUCUAUUUUACCAUCCUCGUCCUCAAAUCGUAUUCUUUACGACGUGCCGUGUGCUGUCUGUCGGGACCACUCCUCCGGCAAGCACUACGGGGUGUUCGCCUGCGACGGCUGCGCGGGCUUCUUCAAGAGAUCUGUGAGGAGGGACCGGCAGUACGCCUGCAAGGCGCGUACUCCCGGCAGCUGUCUCGUCGACAAGGCACACAGGAACCAAUGCCGGGCGUGCCGACUUGCUAAGUGCCUGAGCGUCGGGAUGAAUCGUGAUGCGGUACAGCACGAGCGUGGUCCACGCAAUUCUACUAUCCAGCGCCAAAUGGCGAUGGUCUUCAAGGAUCACCCGCCGCGCCAGCAGGGCCCCAUCGACCUUACCACCCCGACGCGCCAAGUGCUGGCCAACCUCCCCGUACCCCAUGUGAACAACUACUACUCGCGUCAAGCACAUGAGUUCCCUGCGUGGCUGGGGCCCUACACCAGGGUGACGUCUGCCUACCUCAGCAGCCCCGAGCCCAAUGCUAUUUGCGAGUCCGCUGCACGUAUAAUAUUUAUGAAUAUCAAAUGGGUGAAAAGCGUUCCAGCUUUUUUGGGUUUAAAGUCCCCGAGCGACCAACUGAUGCUGGUCCUACACUCCUGGAAGGAGUUGUUUAUACUGGGCACUGCUCAGUUUCUGUACCCGCUGGCCUUUAGGUGCCUCUAUAAUCCCGUCCACUCCCGAUGUGACAUAAGGGAUGUGGACUUCUUCGAAAUGAUUCUGGACAAACUGGCACGGAUGAGGCCUGACAACAACGAGUAUGCGUGCCUCCGCGGCAUGGCCUUGUUCAAGGCAAACAUGGUGCAGAUGCACCUGCCCGGAGAUGAGCCGGAAAUCAAACCGCUGGAUGACCUCUUGGCGGUGAGCAAUCUACAUGAACGCUCGCGCGUCGUACUCUAUGAGUACAUCGCUAUGCGCUACCCCAUGGCCAUAACUCGCGCCAAGGAGCUGAUCGAGAUCCUGGAACUGACCAGGGCCAUACCAGCUCGGGUGAUUGAGGAGAUAUUUUUUAAGAACACCAUCAGGGACACCGCUUUGCAUCGGAUCAUCGGCGACAUGUAUUCGAGGGAGGAGCCGCUCGUAUAGUAUUUACCUCUCCGAGUUUUCGGAGCCGACCGUUUCUACGGUCAUUCAUUGAAGCUCUACAGACAGAGCCCGUACUCUCAGCGGUACCUCGCUACCGUGUUGAUGGCGCCGCAGUCGCGAUACAUGUGCGCCCUGUACUUUUCUUUCAUCGCUUCUCUGCAAAAUCAGAAUCAGUAGAACUCUUUUUGCGAAACAUGGACUUAGUUGACUUGCGAUAAAGUACACAAAUAGACAUAUUUCUUUGUCCUUUAUGAAUUAAUUGUCCUAUCUUGCAUUGGUAACGAACGACACCAACAAAACGAUAACUUAAAAAAAUUAGGCUUAAAAAAAAUCAAUUAAGUUUUUAUUUAUAUUAUGUAUUAAGUAGGUAGUC